AUGCACGCUCUGGUGGGCAAUGCCCCGCUGCUGAUGGCAGGCGCCGUUGCGGGCGCGGCGCUGGCCUUCCUUUUGGGUUGCAAGCGCAGCUCGUCGACCCGCGAAGUCUGGCCCGCGAAGGAGGACGUGCCGGAAGCCGCUGCGAAGCUGCAGGUGGCGAAGGGUGCAAAGCAUUAUGGAGUGGAGCUCGACCACAUGGAUGAGGCUUCGCUGAUGGCUGGGUUCGAGGAGGCGCUCAAAAUCGCUGGUAAAGUGGAUAUUCUCAUUUAUAACGGCCUGCAAGGCAUUGAGGCUGCGCAGGGAAAGAAGCUUGACAUUGCAACCACCUUUAAUGAUUUCGCAAAGCAGCAAACCAACAACGCGGGAUAUUUUGUACUCGCGCGCUGCUUGCGCAAUCAUGUCGUUUCGCGCGGAAUUGAGGGCGCUGUGAUCAAUAUUGUGAGCAUGUAUGGGCAGGUGGCUUCUUAUCUAGAUGCUUAUGCAGGCCUCCCCUAUUCCAGCCCUGUGUCAUACCACAGUCUGAAAGGAGGCACAAUUCACCUGACACGGCAUCUUGCUGCUUAUUGGGCAGCGGAUGGUGUCCGGGUCAACUGCCUCUCGCCUGGAGCUUUCCCAAGGGCCGACCGCCCCACCAGCUCUUAUUACAAGGCUGAAGACAAAGCUUCCAAUGAAGCGGAUGGGGCAGCCUCAUGA